UUAGAUUCAACCCCACCGACUUUCCUGUCAAGCGGCCGUAGGUAGUGGGAUCGGGUGGCAGACUUAUGCCUAAGCAGGCGGUGGACGCCGGGACCUUUCUCCUGUACAUUUGCCUAGGAUCCAGGCCGCAGCAUUUUUUAACACCCGAAGAUGAGCCAAAGAUGCAAACGCUCUCAAUCUCUGGGCGUUGUGGACGGAGGAAGGGACGAGCCCGCUGGUGACUGAGCCGAGCGAAGCCUCUCCGUUUUCGGCCGCCGUUUGGUAGGAAGCCACCGCCAUGGCAACUUCUCCUCAGAAAUCGCCUUCUUCCCCCAAGUCUCCGACCCCCAAGUCGCCCCCUUCCCGGAAGAAAGACGACUCCUUCCUCGGAAAGCUCGGAGGUACCCUGGCCAGGAGGAAAAAAGCCAAAGAAGUAUCUGAACUACAAGAAGAAGGAAUAAAUGCCAUAAAUUUACCACUAAGUCCAAUUCCUUUUGAAUUAGAUCCUGAGGAUACUAUGCUAGAGGAAAAUGAAGUUCGAACAAUGAUUGAUCCCAAUUCAAGAAGUGACCCAAAACUACAGGAGCUAAUGAAGGUAUUAAUAGACUGGAUUAACGAUGUGUUAGUAGGAGAAAGAAUAAUUGUAAAAGAUCUGGCUGAAGACAUGUAUGAUGGACAAGUACUGCAAAAACUCUUUGAAAAGCUUGAGAGUGAGAAACUCAAUGUGGCUGAAGUCACACAGUCCGAAAUAGCUCAGAAACAGAAGCUACAGACAGUCCUUGAAAAGAUCAAUGAAACCCUUAAGCUUCCUCCAAGGAGCAUCAAAUGGAAUGUGGACUCUGUCCAUGCAAAAAGCCUGGUUGCAAUACUGCAUCUUUUGGUUGCAUUGUCGCAGUAUUUUCGGGCCCCCAUCAGGCUGCCAGAUCAUGUGUCUAUUCAAGUUGUGGUUGUCCAGAAACGAGAAGGAAUCCUCCAGUCCCGACAGAUCCAAGAGGAAAUAACUGGCAAUACUGAGGCAAUGUCAGGACGGCAUGAACGAGAUGCAUUUGACACACUAUUUGACCAUGCUCCAGACAAACUCAAUGUUGUUAAAAAGACUCUCAUUACUUUUGUGAAUAAGCACCUCAAUAAGCUGAAUUUGGAAGUUACGGAACUAGAAACCCAGUUUGCAGAUGGUGUAUACCUGGUGCUGCUGAUGGGUCUUCUUGAAGGUUAUUUUGUACCUCUUCACAGCUUUUUCCUAACUCCUGACAGUUUUGAACAAAAGGUACUCAAUGUCUCAUUUGCAUUUGAGUUAAUGCAAGAUGGAGGGCUGGAAAAACCAAAACCAAGGCCAGAAGACAUUGUCAACUGUGACUUGAAGUCAACGCUGAGAGUGCUCUACAAUCUGUUCACCAAAUACAGAAACUUGGAAUGAAGAAAAGCACAUCAGGAAACCACAGGUGGCAAAAUUGGAACCGAACAACAACAACAAAAAAGCUCUCUUUUCUUUGCAGUCAUUCUCAAUUUACACUACGCUUUCUUGAAAAGAAAGGACACUGUUUCUUGGAAUGUUCUUUGUGGUUACAUUUAAAUAUUUUUAUUAGGACAAUUUGAAUUCAGAAAUAUUAGAAAGUGAAAUCUGCUGGAAGGUCAUAGGUUUGAUUGGGAAAAAGCAGGUUGCUAUAUGAAUUAACUCUUGGUUUUAACUGUCUUUUAAUAGAGAAUAAGCACCAGGCACAAAUCCUGAUCCACAACCAAGCUAAGCUAAAUUACUGCCAAAAGAAAUAAGAAUUUGCUCCAAUGAGCUAUUUGGAGAAAACCUCAUGCACACUGUUUUUAUAUAUCUGUGAAGGGUCUGUUUACUUGUGCAAGACACUAUUUCAUUUGCCCAAGCUUCUCUAGUGUUUCUCCUUUCAUCAUAGGUUUCCUCCCUGCCACACUAAAGACAUAAUUGGAAACCCAGACUCUGAUCACAUUGGGCUUUUUCAUCAAUACUGGAGCUGAAACAGAGUUCUAGUCUAUACUACUUUCCCUUAUAGCCACAGAGGUCAUGACUGAUAGCAGAAAUGCCCUUCUUACAGCACCCAAAAACAUUUAGCAUUCAUGCCACAAAUUGCUCUUUAAGGUGUAGAUGGUCCAUAGAAUGAUAUAAAUUGAAAUUUGCUAGUUUAAUUAAUUUAUAGAUUCUACUGUACAUUCUCUUUCUCUCUCCCUCCACCCCACAUGUGAAAUGUUUAUUUGGGACAAAUGAUUCAUUUUAUUUAUGAUUCAAAGAUUAUGAAGGGAAGGAAGGAGGGGAAAGGAGAGAGAGAAAGAUCAUGUAUAGUUUGAUAUUGCAAAUGAAACAACUUGUGUCACUAUAAGGGGCCAACAUUUUGUUCCCAUUAUAUACAUUCCACAUAUUUUUUCAUUCCUAUAAAGUCUGCAUGAAUAUAUGCAACUGUGCACUUCAAAUAACAUACAGUAUAGUAUCUUUUGUGGUAAAAGACUCUUGUUUACUUGCAAAGACUGAGGUACGAAAUAUGUACAUACUUUAAAAGUGGAAAAUAUACAGCAAGAAAGUCAGUACGGUGCUAUAAACGUUGGAGAUAUAACUUGGUUUAGUUCUGCCAGGGUACUGAAAGAAAAUAAAAAUAAGCUUUGUUUACUUAAUGAUAAUGAAAAGGAAAAUAUAUUUGAUAAUAGUAAGAUAGAAGGUUUAAAAAAUACAAAAGAAAUAACAAAAACACAGAAAGAGAAGUGUUUAUGUUUAACUUGUUUUCUGAAUACCUCAGAUGAAUGAGAAAUUUUAAACAUUUAAAGAAAACCAGACAAUGCUGUACUGUUGGUUUUGAGCACCAGAAUUAGCCUGUAUACAGAUAAAGUAUAAAUUUUUAGUAUAAUAUAUUUUUAUUCAACUUGAUUUACACUUACUUUGUACUGAAAUUUUAGAGCAGUUUAAAAAUGUAUUCUCUAUGGAAAAUGAUAAAUGUAAAAUAAUAAUCUCUACAUAUUUUAUAAAGUUAGAUUCUGAUUUUAAAUAGAUCUUUCAUUUAGUGUCUUUAGGUAUUUACACAGUAACUUUGUUUUCAUAGGCCAAAGAAAACUGUCCGUGUGUUAUAAGGUCAUGCCUUUUGCCUUCCAGAAGCUGAGACAGUGCUAUAAGUAUUCAAGAGCCCAAAUCUAAUUUCAUCCAAAACUUCACUUGUAGUAAAUUUGCCAUGAGAUAUUUUAUAGGGUUUAUAUAUUGUUCAAGUUGCUAUAAAAAUUGUUUUUAAUGGUUAUAUGCCCAAGUAAAACCUUCGUUCAUAUAUUUGAAUGUGAUUUGUUACAUGCCAUUGUGAUAUAGAUGAUAUAUAAAAUGUGUCUAAAUUAUUUUAUGGUAUGUUCAAGGUACUAGUUCCCUGUGAAUUCUUAAUCCUUGAACUUUGCCCAUUGUCAAGAGACAGGAUUUUAUGUUUAAGGCUCAGAGAUAUUGAGUAGACCCUAGCUCAGCAAGUGACCAUUCUCUAAAAAAAAUUUGGAUAUUGGAUUCUGGAUUUAUGUUCAGUUUGAUUUAACCUCCUUGAACAGCAACAUGUUUCGCCAUAUGUAAAAGCUCCAGGGAAAAGCUGGAUGCUGACUGCUUACAUUGCAAAAUCAAAGUUAAUAUCGUGAGGGGGAAAAGGUUGGAAUAGUUGGUGAUUGCCAAGAAAAGCAACAAUUACUCAUCAAAUCAUUAUUUAUGCUAAAGAAGGGGGAAGGGAGAAGUUACAUUAUGCCAACCAUUUAUGAUCCUUUAAAAGAGAGAGAGAGAGAAAAGCACAACACUGACAAGCUUGAACUCUUGUGGCAAUCUAACCAACUUACACAAAAUGCAAACAAGCUAUUUUUAAAAAAAAAAAAUCAAUUCUCUCAUAAUAGAAUAACAUGUAAAGAUGAAACAAUAAGCAUCCCUUGUUGUUAUGGGGUACAGCUUAACUGUUUAGUUUUAUAAAUAAGGUCUGUGUUUAAUCCACUAAAGGGACAAAUUCUUGAAAAAUGUUUACUUAGUCAACAAAAAGUAAAACCGGCAAAAUUAUACCAAAAAAAAGAGCAUCUUUCUGUUUCUAAUCAGGUCACGUAGAAAACAGUAGUUGGUGUGUGUAUGUGUGGAAACAGUAUUAUAUUGUAAUUUGAGUUUCUAAGUGAAAGCAGAACUUUCAGUUGUGCAGAAUUGCAGCAGAUUAAUCUACAUAUAUGAUGGAUUAAGAAAGUGAAGUGGAAUUCAACCCACUCUAUUCAUGUACUUUGUUUUCCCAGAUAUAUUGCUGAAGAAGUUUCAUCAAUUGUAUUUCUGAA